GGCGGGCCGAGGCCUUUGUGUGAGUAGGCGGCGGCGGCGGCGGCGGCGACGGCGGCGGCGGCGAUGGUGCACUGGGACCCCCGGAGCCAGAGCCUAUUGCCCUGCAGAGGUUUGGAAAUCUAUCUUCUCAUGCUGUCCACAGAUUAAUGGUGCUGAUAAGAUCGAAACUUUAUAGGAUCUGCUAAGAUGGGCAUGAGGAUCAAACUGCACAGCACGAAUCACCCUAACAAUCUACUGAAGGAGCUCAAUAAGUGCAGGCUCUCAGAGACCAUGUGUGAUGUUACCAUUGUAGUAGGAAGCCGGUCAUUCCCAGCUCACAAAGCCGUGCUUGCCUGUGCAGCAGGUUACUUCCAGAACCUUUUCCUGAAUGCAGGGCUAGAUGCUGCCAGGACCUAUGUAGUAGACUUUAUCACCCCUGCCAACUUUGAGAAGAUCUUGAGCUUUGUGUACACAUCCGAACUCUUCACUGACUUGAUCAAUGUGGGUGUCAUCUAUGAAGUAGCUGAGCGCUUGGGCAUGGAAGAUCUCCUCAAGGCUUGCCAUUCUACUUUUCCUGACUUGGAGAGCACAGUUGUGACGAAGCCCCCAACUAGUUCCAGUGAGGGCCGCUCUAGCACCCAAAGCAGCACAUCUGCGGAACCAGCUCAUUCCCUUGGAGAACUCCGAAGUGUCGGAGACCAGUUUGGUCCAGAUAGGAGCUACAUCUUGCAUAGUGAUGUUGGGAUAAGCUACAAGGAGGAGAGAAACCCUUCCAGUGACAGCAACCACAGCCUGCCUCUGUUGCACCAGCCACCACCGUGCAAGACGGAUGAGCAUGAUGCCCCCAUCCCAUUCCCUUCAGUUACUAGCAUGGUAGCUCAGCCAGGUCUUGGUACUCUCAGUAUAGGCGCACCAGCUAAUUCAGGCUCCUUCCAGCCUUUCAAGGUUCAGAGCAAUGGGGACUUUGGCAAAAACAGCUACUUUCCCUCUGAUAACCCAUUGGAUAUCUCCACGGGGAGUAACUCCUGCCCUAGCAACAGCGACCACUCCAAAGAUCAGGGGUUUGGGCAGAUGGAUGAGCUGCAGUUGGAGGAGCUGGGAGAAGAUGACCUGCAGUUUGAAGACCCUGGAGAAGACCUCGUUCCCACAGAUGAAGUGAUAGAGUUGAGUGAUGACAGUGAGGAAGAACUAACAUUUGGAGAAAAUGACAACCGGGAGAGUAAGGCCAUGCCCUGCCAGGUUUGUAAGAAAGUGCUAGAGCCCAACAUUCAGCUGAUCCGGCAGCAUGCUCGGGACCACGUGGACCUGCUGACAGGCAACUGCAAAGUCUGUGAGACCCACUUCCAGGACCGAAACUCAAGAGUUACCCAUGUUCUGUCUCACAUUGGUAUUUUUCUCUUCUCCUGUGAUAUGUGUGAAACCAAAUUCUUCACCCAAUGGCAGCUGACCCUUCACCGCAGGGAUGGAGUAUUUGACAACAACAUUAUUGUUCAUCCCAGCGAUCCACUACCUGGGAAGCUUGGUCUCUUUGUGGGGGGAACUAGCCCAGAGCUAAAAUGUGCUGCUUGUGGAAAGAUUCUGGUCAGAGAUUUUCACAUGGUCCGGGGUCACAUUCUGGACCACUUAAACUUGAAGGGCCAAGCCUGUAGUGUUUGUGACCAGCGCCACCUUAGCCUCUGCAGCCUCAUGUGGCACACUCUUUCCCACUUGGGCAUUUCUGUCUUCUCAUGCUCUGUUUGUGCCAAUAGCUUUGUAGACCGCCACCUCUUAGAGAAGCACAUGGCUGUUCACCAGAGCCUGGAAGAUACGCUUUUCCACUGCCACUACUGCAGCCAGAGCUUCAAGUCAGAGGCCGCAUACCGAUACCACGUCAGCCAACACAAAUGCAGUGGAGGGAGCAGCCUUGACUCAAGAUCUAGUUUUGGAGAUCGAUUACAACAUCCAGCUUUUCAGAAGCGGAAGUUGUCCUCAGAUGAAUUCCUGAGUGAGGAGCUGGCUCUGCAGAGCCAAUCUGGGAAUAGCAAGUAUAGUUGCAAAGUUUGUGGCAAGAGGUUUGCCCACACGAGUGAGUUCAACUACCAUCGGCGGAUACACACAGGAGAAAAGCCCUACCAGUGCAAGGUGUGCCAUAAGUUCUUCCGUGGCCGUUCGACCAUUAAGUGCCACCUGAAGACACACUCGGGUGCCCUCAUGUACCGCUGUACAGUCUGUGGCCACUACAGCUCCACCCUCAAUCUCAUGAGCAAGCACAUCACUGUGCAUAAGGGCAGUCUUCCACCCGACUUCACCAUUGAACAGACAUUUAUGUACAUUAUCCAUUCCAAAGAGGCGGAGAAGAACCUGGACAGCUGAUUGGGCUACAUUGGACCUAAGGGUCUGGUCCCAAAAAAGUAGCCAGGAUGAUGCUUUUCCAAUGGCCUGUUGGCCUUUGACUGAAGUUAAAAUUUGCCUUGCUAGGAAUUCCAAUUCACGUGUUAAAGGAAGAAAGGAAAGAAAUAGCACACAAACUUAGAAAUCAUUUUUGAGAAGCAAUGACCCUACCAUGUUUACCUCCACACCUGUUCGUGGCCAGCAGUGGCCAUGUUUUUGGUUCUUUGGGGAGCUGGGAUUGUGAUCUAGUAACAGAGACAGGAAUUGAUUUCAACUAGGUCCUUAUUCCCCAGACUCUCUAGUUUUAGUUCACUGUUAGAUUUUUUGCUGCUAAGAAUCCAACCCACAGCCUCAAUGAAAAGGGGAGGUGAGAAGAAGUCUUCAAACUGCUAUUUAGUUUCACUGUAGGCAUUACCACAACUCUGUGGCUUCCAGCAGGAUUAACCAGUUCCAAAGAUGAUCACAGAAAAAUGAUCAUUCAGAAUCCAAUUAGUCAGGGCAGCCCACCUCAUGUUCCGAGUUCUAGCUUUUAAGGUGUUGGUGCUAGCCUGCCACACAGACUUACCCAAAGUUCCCCUUUAAGUGUUAAAAAGUAGUUGGACAAGGUAAAGAUCCUUUGAAUUGAAGUGAGGGCUUUGUAUUUAGAAAAAGGAGGAAGGCAGAAAAUUUAGAGAUGGUGAAGCCUAGCCCAGAAGGAGUUAUCCUCCAGAGCCAUUUGAAACUGGGUGUAGGUGUAGGCAGUAAAGUGGAUUUCUUCCCUAUUAAUUUCCAAAGAAAAAUGGUUUUAGGGCACGCCAGCCAAGACUUUUAGGACUUCCCCAAGGGGACAGGGAUAAUGAACCAUUCUAUUUUAGACAUAUGUUACCCUGGUUCUCUCUAUCCAACCACAGAUAUAAGAGGAUGAACCUUGGGCACCCUGGGAGAGAGGUUGUAACAUUUCUGUCAACAGUAACCUUGCCUUAAUUUUCACCCAGUCUCCUGCCCAUAACUGUAUGUCUUGGCCCAUAAUUAAGAUGGGAAAGAAACCCUGUUGUGAUGAAGUGGUUGGUCCUAUGAGUCCUUCAGAGUUGAUGGAACCAGUUAAUAAUAGUGAUGGGGUGUUAAGUUUUACUGUCUGUUUUAAUCAGGUGACACAUUUUUUGUUUUGUUUCUUUUUACAUGCACUAACAGGCAGAAGGCAAGCUGUGCUUCAGCAGCCUACCUUUUACUUCCUGGAAUUCAUCCUGAUCUAUCCUUGUGUCACCCCUAGGGGGUACUAUUGGAUGGACCUAAGAAGUCCACACACAGGAACAGGCUGAUCCUCUUUUUAUUUUGUUUAUGAAAGGGUCAUGCCCAAAGAAGGAAGAGGGAGGAAGAAAGGGAGGGAUCCCUCGGAACUUGAUCUUGCAUGUUCACAAGGUAGCACCCUCAUCCAGAGUUGCCCUCAGUAACUCAUACUACCUCACCCAGAGCAAAUGCACUGGGAGUUCACAGCCACAGCCCCACACACUGCCAUCUGUGUGAACUUGGCAACACCCAGUGCCAUUUCACAAGCAAGUGAUUUUCAUUAACCCUCAAAGCCUUUUUAAAGUUUAAUAUUUAUUAUUUUUGUAUACAGAUCAUCCAGCAUCUGCUUUAUACGACAGAUUUCAGGAAAAUGAGGUUCCCAGCAGUGAGUGACCACAUCCCAGGAAAAUAGUUCUGAUCCAGGGAUGUUGGUGACGGGCACAACCCAGGAGAGUACAAGCCAAAUAGGUCCUAACCUAACUUAAUCUGUACUGAGAGGUGCCCUCUUCCCACAAAUAGGGGAAAUCAUUUCCCAUUCCCCAAAUAGAUUCCUCACUAGGGUUAUGAUCCUAGAGAGCACUUUAAAUAAUGGCCUAAUCAUCUAGGAGACUGGGAACAAAGAACACCUUAAUAAUGGAAACUUGUGAACUCCCUAAUUCUUUCAUCUCUCUUCCCAAGUCCCCAGACAGAGCUACUUGAGAGGAUUUUAAGGAAGUCAAGGGACCAGAGUCAUUAGGCCAGUGAUUUCUUGGUGGAAAGCUUUGAGCCCCUUCCUAAAUUAGGAAAUUGUCAUUUCUCUUUUAAUAAAUAGCAAGAUGGGCAAGCCAGAGUUCCUUAUUGACUUGCUGAUUCUUUGCUUCAAGGUGCUAUUGUUUAUAUAUAGAGCCCCUUUUCUAGCACCAAAACAGCAAAAGCUGUAUCUUACUCAGAAAUAGUACAAUUAUGCUAUGAAGAUACUAUAGUAUCUUCAGGCACAUGUGGUGCUGAGGGGACGUGAAUAGGAGCCAUAGUAGGUCCACUUUCUGCCAUCUACUACCAACCUGCUAGAGUCUUACUUGACAGACUGUGAAAAUUGUACUGAUCCUAAGACAGUGGUGCCCCUUUGUUAUUGACUGACCAUUCCUUUCCCUCUUCUCCAUCAUUAUAAAUAUAAAAGAUUAACAUGAUAUAAAAGUUAGAGAUGAUCAGGCAUCCACCAAACUUGCCUAUAUUGAGUUUCUUUCCCUGGAGUGUCCUACCUCUUCCCCCAAACCCACUCCUAACUCCCAGCCUAAAUUGGAAAGUAGGUGAUUCUUAGAUGGCAGGAUUUAGAAGAAGCAAUACUAACUAGGGCCUAGUCAAAGGGACAUGUUAGAGAAAUCCAUUUUUUUUUUUUAAAUCUAAGCUCUUUGGGUGCUGAGUGUUCUGUGAAUUUAACAAGCUGUGAAGUCUUUUUUUUUUUUUUUUUUUUUUUUUUUAGUAAACCAAAUAAAAACACACCCCAGAAGCUUUUCUCCUAAAACACUAAGCAAAAGACUAGUCCCUUAUUCCUGGCCUCAAGCUAGGAGGAAAACCAUCCCCACAGCAUUCCUCCCCUAUUGAAAAGGUGGUGUGUGUGUGUGCUCAGCCCCAGUCAGACAUGUAGCAGCACCAGUAGCUAGUGAGGCUUCUUAACCAAAUCCCUGUGCUCUGUACUUACCCAUGUUCAUUUUUGGACCUCUUCUUUUUAUGUUGAGGCUUUCUAUUUCCUCUGUCUUCCAACUCACCUUGUUCUAAACUGGUUCUCUUAUACACUAUAGUCUUGUAGCAAGUGAUACUAUAGUAGACUUUUUUUUUUUUUAAUUUGGUUUCUGGUUUACAGCUUUCUAAUUCAUUUGCCUUUUUUAUUCCUCCCUCUCCUCUCUCCCUUUCUUGGAACACAGUAUUCUACCCUCAUGUGCUGUCUAAUCUCUCCUUGACACUGAGUAUUCUCUGUUGUUCUUAUCCCUGUCCUGUCAACCCAGAGUCUGUGUUCAGAAUUUAAGAAGUCUCCUCAAUCCUCAGAGCUGGUUGGGAAUAGAGGCUCGGCUGAAUCAGGCCCUUUUCUAGGAGAAAGAGGCCUCUGGAGAGUUUGGAAGAGGAUCAGCAUUCUUCUUGACUUUCCUGAAAUAUGAACCUAUGCUCCUGUUCUUGAGAUAAAGCUUAUAGUACCAGGUACCUUCCCAUCAACAGUUUUUUUUUUGUUUGUUUGUUUUGUUUUUUUGCUACUGAUAAAUCUCCCCCUGCCAUUUUGCCUGGCCUCUGGUUUCCUAUUCCAUGGGUGCUCAGCUUUAGAAGUUAAACAUGUUAUUUAAAGUUAUUUAUGUAGAUGGACACACUGAAUUUUCUAGAUGGGGGCAAGGGAUCCCAGAUGACAUGGAAACCCCCACACAGUUCUUCUGGCUCUGUCCCUAAAUCCUGUAUGGAAAGGAGCACAGAUAGGAAAUAGCAACUCAGUGUUAGUUUCCAUGUGAUUAUCCAUUUUAAAGUCAACAUCAGGAUGAAAAUGAAAUUGAGUUUUGAUUUUGAUGUUUCCUUAAAAUUCUUCCCUUUCCCAGUCCAUCCUUCCUUUCUCCUAUAUCUGAAGGCUCUUAUAAAACAGAGAAGAGUUGUCAUUGACAUCUAACCCCUUUCAUUAAAUUAAUUGUAGGUACUGACCUCCUAAUAUUUAAGUGUUUACUAUCUAUUGCUGUAAAGUUUUGUAUAUUUUGUAAACUUUUUUUCCCAAAUAGUAGAUGUCUAAAAUCGUUGUACAUCUGAUUCUUUUAUACUCCAUUGUUCAGCACAAAGUGUGGUUUUUAUUUAGAAUAAAAAAAAGAGAAAAUUUGGGAUGUA